AUCGAUCUCUAAGUCCUUAUCUAUCAGAAACUCUAAAACGUUUAUCUAUCUCGCUGUCUUUUAGGUUCUUAGCCCACAUCUUUUUUUCUUCAACUUUCCAAGCUAGACCUUGCAGAGUUGUUCAGAAGCCAAGUAGUCCUUUUUCGCUUUCCCUUUCACUAAUGUCAGCACAGCAGAAAUAGAGCAGAAGACCUUCCCAAUUCCCAUCCAUGCUUGUUGAUGAUGAGCAUGCAUAUGGCCUCCUGCAAUGGCUUGUCUUCUUCCUCUCCCUUCUUCCCACCAAAUUUCAUUCUCCAGAUGCAGAGUACUAAUUCCGAACAUGACCACUUUCCACCUCCCCUUAAUCCCCAAGACUUCUCAUCUAGAGGGAUGCCGGCGAUGGUUGAGGCUUGUGAAGGGGAGGAAGAUCUGUCCGAUGACUGCUCUCAGCCUGGGGAGAAGAAGAGGAGGCUCAACAUGGAGCAGGUGAGGACACUAGAGAAGAAUUUUGAGCUUGGGAACAAACUGGAGCCUGAGAGGAAGAUGCAGCUAGCCAGGGCUCUGGGUCUUCAGCCAAGACAGAUUGCAAUCUGGUUUCAGAACAGAAGAGCAAGGUGGAAGACAAAGCAACUUGAGAAGGAUUAUGAUUUGCUCAAGAGACAGUUUGAUGCUAUCAAAGCAGACAAUGAUGUACUCCAGAAUCAGAACAAGAAACUACAAGCUGAGAUCCUGGCUCUGAAAGGAAGGGAAGCACCUGAACUAAUCAAUCUAAAUAAAGAAACUGAAGGAUCCUGCAGCAACAGAAGUGAGAAUAGUUCUGAGAUCAACUUAGACAUCUCAAGAACAUCGACCACAGCCACGGCGGCCACUGUCACCGCCGUCGUAUCAGAGAGCCACCUAAAUCAUCCUAUACAGAACAUACCAUUCUUCUCUGUAAUCCGGCCUCCAGCAAUCACCCAGCUCCUCCCAAGCUCAUCAAGACCGGAUCUCCAAUGUACCAAGAUCGAGCACGGCACCGUGGUCGCUGAUGAGAACUUUAGCAAUUUGCUGUGCGGUAUGGAUGAACAAAAUGCUUUCUGGCCAUGGCCCGAUAAUCAUAAUCUCCAUUGAUGGCGUUGAACAUAUAUCUAUAUCUAUAUAUUUAUAUUUAUAUAUGCUUGCUUGGUGGAUGUAAUAGAAGAGAAGUGCCUGUUUGAAAUUGCGUUGGAGCUGAUCAAUCAAUAAGGAACUCAGAGAGAACAAUGAAGAGUGCAAAAUAUGUUGGUAUAUCGAAUAUCUCCUAUAUCACUCCCUCCCAGCAUAUUUUCACUUCAUCCCAUAAUAUUGGUACUGAAGAUGUGAAAUAAUACUACGUGUAAACCCGAGUUUUUUUAAUAUUUUUGUUAAAUAGAUCUUUUACUUUCAGUUAUUUCA